GUUACACGUCUUUAGCCCCGCCCUCCCCACUGGCGGCUGGCAGGUCGGUUUACCUGAGUGAAUCAGAGAGGGAGGACAAAGCGGCAGGAUCGUCUAUGACAAACGUGGAGUUAAAUAAAUGAGCUUUCUGUCAGGUUUGCGUGAAGAUGGAUGAGGUGUUCCUGAAGUCAGCCAUUCCCGCCACUGCGGACUCCUUUUUCCCACUGGACGAUACCACUCUGGCUCUGCCGGCCGAACCCAGCGGCAGAGCUUCGGUUAAAGCCGUGUCAAAGGAGCGGAGUCUGAGAGUUCAGCAGCAGGUCCAGCUCACACUGGCCCGGAAGGCAAGGAGGACUCUGUCUAAUGGUGGUGUCCACUUACAGAGGAGCGCGGCUCAGAGCUUUGAUGCUGCUGAUGGAUUUGUACCAAACGUGAAGCUGAAUGGAUACACCAACUACCCUCUGUCCAACAACCACAUGCGCAAACCUUCCAGGAGGGUGGAGGUGUCUCCGCCUCCGAGCCCAGGUUUACCUCGCAGUCGCUUCCACUACAGCACCCUGCGGUUUGGGACUCACCCCGGGCUCAGUUAUCCUCAGAGGUCCGGACCUGUGCAAGACCACACGUUUGGUCCAGAUUCUUUUCAGCGCUACGCCUUCUCCGAGGCUCAGCGUGGGAGCAGGGCGCAGGUGUCCACCACUGCGCAAGGGAGCAUCCGUCAGAGGUCACUGAGACAGACACCGGCGCCUCUGCCCGUCUUUGCUAACGCAGGGUAUCAGCAGAGCGCUGAUUAUUACGGCUCUCGCUGGAGUCAUAACCAGACGUUGAGCAGGAGACACACGACGCUGGAGAGGAGCGCAGAUGUGGCACUGGGCCGUGUUCAACCUGAGGACGGUGCUUCCUGGUCGGCUCAGAUCAGGAGGAACGCACAAGCCCUCCGCAGACUGAACUCCUACCCACCUACGGCCACCAGUUUAGAAGUAGACAUGGGCCGGCAGAUGGACGAGGAGCUGCCUCUCCAGCAGAUCCAAUCACAGAACAGCCUCACUCUGAAGUCGGACAACAAGGUCCCAGAGAUGACGUUAGAGCGAGCCGUGAACCUGCUGACACAGGACAACGAGGAAACACUCGUAUGUGCAGCGGGUCACAUUCAGAACCAGUGUUUCAAGAGCAUCGAAGCUAAGAAGAUGGUGUACUAUCUACGGGGCAUCGGGAAACUCCUGCAGCUUCUGCACAUCGACAACGAGGAGGUGCAGCGAGUGGCAGCAGGAGCGCUACGCAACGUUGUGUACCAGAACAGCGAAAACAAGAUGGAGGUGAAGGAGAACGACGGCAUAGCCUUGAUCCUGAGCGCACUGAAAAGCAGUCGAGACGUGGAGACCAGGCGACAACUCACAGGUCUUUUGUGGAACCUCUCUUCCCAUGAUCUUCUGAAGGAGCGUCUGUCCAGAGAAUCCUUAUUCGUCCUCACUAAGUACGUCCUUGUGCCAAGUUCGGGCAUUUCAGAAGGCGAGAACCCAAAAGAUGAGCUUCUGGCUGACGAUGAGGUUUUUCACAACGCCACAGGCUGCCUGAGGAAUCUGAGCUCUGCUGGUCCAGACGGCAGAAAGGCGAUGAGACAGUGUGAGAAUCUCAUCGACUCUCUGGUCUACUACAUCAGAGGAACCAUAGCUGACUAUAAGACGGAUGACAAGUCCACAGAGAACUGCGUCUGCAUCUUGCACAACUUGUCUUAUCAAAUGGAGGCAGAGCUUCCUAAAAAGUAUGCCAAAGACCUACGGGAAUCUCGUCAGAACUUGGCUCCAGACCAGAAGACUGUCAGCUGCUUUUCUCAGCGUAAUGCCAGGAUCACAGAGCACCUGGAGCGACAGAGCCCUCUGCUGGAGGAGAAGGCAAACCCCCGCGGUGUGGAGUGGCUGUGGAGCGCCAUCACUAUCCGCAUGUACCUGUCGCUGAUCGCCCGCAGUGUCAGACACUACACCCAGGAGGCUGCCGUGGGGGCGCUGCAGAACAUCACGGCUGGGAAUGGACCUGUUUCCGAAGCCAUUGCUUUCACCAUCGUCCAGCGAGAAAACGGCCUCCAACACGUGCAGAAGAUAUUACAGGAGGGAGAGAGCGAUGUGAAGAGGACGGCCAUGUCUCUGAUAAGAAACCUCUCUCGCCACGAGGAGCUGCACCCAGACAUUGUGAGGCAAGUGUUACCGGAGGUCGUAGUGAUGCUGCCCAAUGACGACACGGGCACCGACCUGUCCACGGAUGCGACCUCUUGUCUCUGCCACAUCCUGAACAACCUGAGUCAGAGCAACUCACAGCACGUCAGAGCCAUCGUCAACCAGGGGGCGCUGCCGAAGAUCAUCAACAUCAGCAGCAAAGACAACGGUUAUGGUCCGUCCAGAGCAGGUCAGAGCGCCUGCAUCCUGCUGCACACCAUGUGGAAACACUCUGAUCUUCAUGGCUCCUAUAAGAAGUGUGGCUUCAGGAAAGUCGAUUUCAUCAACGCCAGGACGACCAAGGUGGUGAGCUCCAGUCGAAACUGAGUCCACUCUCAGUCACUGCACUAUUUUUACUACAACCACAGUAUUUAUGAAGUGUUUAUUUACUGAAGAUUUAAGAAAUAAAAUACUAUGUUCAUGAAGCAGAAUUAGCCAUUUGAACCUGUUCCCGUUACAGCUGCUCCUGCAGGACCAAUUCAAGAACAGCGACUGCUGUACUGUAAAAUGCUCCUUAUACCACUCUCUCUCCAAAUGUUUCACAGUAAAUUAGAAUAUGGAAAAAAUACCGCACUGAUUAAAUUAGAACAUUUCAACCUUAACCAGAUUAGCACACUUAAUCAGAAUAUAUAAAAAAAAGAACAAAUCUUGCACAGGUUGACCAAAAAUAUUGCAUCAAUUAUAUCAGUAUGCAAAUAUAUUGGCCAAAAAUGUAAACACUCCGAUACAGUCCGAUAUUAAGUUUUUGCUGAUAUUCUAUAUUGUCCGAACACUUAAUUUCCGAUAUCAAUAGAUACCGAUAUAGGCCUGGUAAUAUUUAUUUAUUUUUCUGUACAAACCAGUGUAUGCGUUGCUGGGACUAGCGUUCUGUAUACAAUCCCCUGAUUAUUAUUAAAAAAGAAUUCUUAAAAAAUUAAUUAAAUGUGUUGCAAUGCUGCCAUCUAGUGACUUUCACUUUCAUAUACAGCCAUUUAUCCACAAAAUGUUUUUAGGGCAACCCAGGCAUUGCACUAUUGGGUUUUUCAUAUCACAGGAAAAAAUUAUAACUAUUCUUAUCAUUAUA